AUGCACUACGAAUAUGCUGCACAUAAGUGGAUUCUUGUGGGAAUCGUGAACGAGGCUGAUCUCACCAAGGCACUGGCCGAAGGUCAUCUCUGGGGUGCGGGCCUGGACUGUCAUGAGCAAGAGCCUCCCACCUUUGAGCAGUAUAGUGCCCUGUGGGAGAAUCUGAAUGUUGUCAGCACACCACAUAUUGGAGCGGCUACGACGCGGGCGCAAGAGGCGAGCGCGAUGGCGGCUGUGAACUACCUGUAUGAUUACCUGAAUUACCUGAUGAGCAUGAAGAAUUAG